AUGGCUAGCGUAAACAAGCCCACCGACGUGAAGCAGAAGGAGGCCGAUGUCAACCGCAAGCUUCAGAUCUACGGCAUCGUCAACGCAUUCCAGCAGGGCAAGGUGCCCUCGAACGAGCAGAUUGAUGUAGCCCUGAACAGCUUCCUCGCUUCCAAGGCUAUCGCAUCGCCCUCGAACAAGCUCUCCACCGAGGGCCAGGCGCUCGUGGCAGACUUCCGCGACGUGGUGAACCAGGCGAAGAACCUUCUUCUGUCCAAGAACGAGGGUAAUCUGCUCCAGGAUUUCAUCUGGCAGACGACUCAAUUCGACCCCACCACUGUCCCAACCCCCAAUGUACCUGUGGACAAGGAUACCGCCAAACAGCAUGGCGACAAGGCUUUGGAGGGUCUGCGAACCCUCGGCACACUGCUGAUCACCAACGGCCAAUUCCGAAAGCUUCUCAACGAUGCUGUGAUCUUGUUCCGUGAUAUGGCUGGCGAUGCCGCCGCCAAUGCAGCCUCCAAGGUGAAGCCCUCGGAGGAUGCUCUGGCCCAGAUCGACCGGCCUGCCGAUGACAACACCUGGCACGACGCCCCUAAUUUGUCCAAGGAGAGCGUGAAGGCCCAGCUUCAAAGUGCGAUCCCAUACAAGGGCGACGCAAAGAAGGAUGCCCAGGCUGCCGCCAAUGCCGGUAUUAACGCCGCUCAGCCCAGCGAGACCGGUGCGGAUCCCCAGUCGGGUGUCAAUGCCGCACGCGGAACUGCAACCGAGCAGAUCAAGCAGAACGUCCCCGAAGAGACGCAGCAGCAAGCAAAGGAGAACAAGGCAGCUGUCAAGGAGACUGCUGCCCAGUACCGCGAGCGUACAAAGCAGUAUCUUCAGAACAAGGUUCCCCAGGAGCGUCGCGAACAGCUCGUCUGGCGCCUCAAGAAAAUGGUCCUCGAGUGCCAGCAGCACCCGGAUUACCAGCAAGCUAUCACUACACUACUCGAUCUUGCUGAGCAGUACGGAAGUCAUGGCAAGCGCCUCACCGCCGGUGGUACUGGUACCGUCCAGGAGGCGAGAUCUGGCUUGGCUCAGGCUGAGGCCGAUCUCAAGGUCCUGAUUGAGCGUUUCGCCAACGGCACAUCCAGCGACGACCUCUGGGCCUCGAUUGGCGCAGUUUACGACGAUGCUGACAGAGAUCCGGAGCUGAAGAACUGGUUCAAAUCGUUGGACACCUACGUUCGCAGGUGUCUGCAGCAGCAGGGCUAUAUCCUGGACGAAGCUUCGAACGAGGAGUGGAACCACUUGUAUGACCGUGGUAACUACCUCCUGCGUCAGAAGUACCGCGGCCACACCGACCGCAUCGUGAACGAGAUCAAGUUCCUGGGCCACCAAUUCGAUGAGGAUCCCAUGAACAAGCGCUUUGCCACUUCGGUUCAGAAGCUUUUCAACGACCUUGGCAACGAUUCUAACGGCAAGCCUACCUUCAAGCCUCAUCUGAUCAAAGACCUUACCGACAUCAUCCUGCCGGCAGCAUUCGAGAAUGUCGCAUACAUCCCCAUUCCCCGCAUUGAAUACUCAGACUCCCAGAUAGAUGCUGUCGUGGAGAAUCUCGUACUGGAGAGCGACAACUUCAUGCCCAACGUCUUGGAGGUCGCCAGCGACAAUUUCUUCCGCUGGGGCCGCAAGAAGAUUGCCAACAAGAACAAGAACACCAUCGACAUCAAGGUUGCCGGCGUUCAGAUGGAUUUGCGAGACGUUAGCUACUACGUCAAGCGCAAGCAGGGCUUCCCCUCGAUUACUGAUACAGGCGUUGCCAACGUCUUCCUCGGAGGCGAUGGUUUCAGCUUCCGCAUGAAGCUAGUCACUGCUGAUGAGUCUGACAAGCAACAUUUCUUCAAGAUUGAUAAGGUUGAUGUUGACGUCAAGAACCUGAAGAUCAAGCUUGUCAAGUCUAACCACAAGCUUCUAUUUGGUCUUGCCAAGCCUGUAAUGCUCAAGGUGCUUCGCCCAGUCAUUCAAAAGACAGCAGAGAAACAAUUGAAGGAGCAGUUCAACCAGUUCGACCAGCUCAUGUAUCAGGUUAAGCUCGAGGCUGAUCGCGCACUUGAGGAGGCUCGCGAGCACCCUGAGAAUGCUUCGAACAUCUAUCAACGCUAUGCCAACGCCCUGCAGAAGCAGGUCCUCCAGGGCAAGCAGAAGGCCGAGGACUUUGCAGCUGAUAAGAAGGUCAACGUCGCUGUCACUCAGGAGGACAGCAUUUUCCCCAACAUCAAGCUUCCUGGCGGUAUCAGUUCAAAGGCUACCGAAUACAAGGAGUUGGCCCGCAAGGGCGAGAAGUGGGAGAGCCCGGUCUUCUCCAUUGGAGGAGCCUCCAAGAGCUCUGAUAUUCCCAAGGCCCCCGCUGUUACCCGCAAACCCCACGAUACUACCAGUACCAAUGGCCACGUCGGUGGGUUCGCUAACGGCAACGGCCAGUUGAACGGGAACACGAAGCCCCUCAACGGCAACGCGCUCAACGGCGCUACUUAUGCUCCCGGCGCCGCAGCCAACACUGUGACAAUCUAG